GUGUCUUCUCUGCCCUGUGUCUGACUUGGGGAGGGCAAAGCUCCUCGUAUAUCUGUUACUAUCGAUAUAGUUCUGGACAGGACCGAUGGUUUUAGGUUUAUCUGUACGCGGACGAGUUCUCUGUGCAGUGCAUUCCGAUGGGCAUGAGAGGUAUUUCGAAGUUGGAUUCCGAUGGGACAGGGUCGAUGGGCGGGAGUUUUUUUUAUGUAGAAUUCUCUUUUCUUCAUUUUGCCAACGUAUAUUGUAUCUUGUGCGACUUGUAAUCUUCGCUUCCGCUAGACGCUCGUCGUCCUCACCAGUUUCCGCAAUACUGUUGAGCUCCAUCCUGAACGUUGUGCAGCUGCUACUCUUUUUCUCUCGGUUUGACAACUCACUCUCGCUUGCGGAGUUUGCAUGCUUUUAUGUUCUUCCGUCUUGUCCUUUCUUCGGCAUGUCUGCGGAUUUGCAAACACGGUGUUUUUUCGGCUGUCUUGAUAUUCUCUAUUCGCCCGUGUCUGGUUCCGCCGUCCUGUCGAGAGAUAAAUCGUUAACCGCGGAUUUGAGGAUGAUUCUGUUUGGAUAUGGGGUUGUGGUAAUAUAUCAUACACUUCCGUUUAAUUUCACCUUCAUUCUGUUUAAGGGUAUGGUGAGUAUCAGAGUGGAGGUCGUCGAAUAAUCGAUUGGAAAAUGAGUAUUGCGAUUCUCCUUUUCGCCAAUGUCAUAGAUUGGUUUAUUUCGGGAUGUGUGGUGGAGUAUGCGUUUUUUUUCCUUUCCGUGUCACGUCUUGCACAUUUUUGGCUAAUCAACUUCGUAGCGAAAACAGCGGUCAAAGGAAUAUGAAUUGGGUGGCUUGGCCGUUUAAAAUUUGUGCAUUAUUACUCGAGGCACGGGUUUAGAACUCUUUGACAACGCGGCCCCUUGAAAGAGAAAUGCUGGAGUACUGUCAAUUGUCAUUCUUGUAUAAUCUACUCGACAACGUCACCAGUGGAGCGUUUAGAGUAAGGCUGCCCCGAAUGGAAGCGUUUGUGAGUCAUUGUGACUUCCCAUCGUCACAUGUACGCAUUCCUGUGCAUAGGAACGUGCGUAGGACUCGGAGAAGCACGGGUGCGCAAACACACGAAACGCAGAGAGAGAGAGAGAGAGAGAGAGAGAGAGAGAGAGAGAGGUCAAUUACAACAAUGAUAUCUAUGGUUAAGCGUGGCUCAUAACAUACUCUUCUUCUGUCGCUCCGCACCAUCGUCGUCCGUGCGUAGGACUCGGAGAAGCACGGGUGCGCAAACACACGAAACGCAGAGAGAGAGAGAGAGAGAGAGAGGUCAAUUACAACAACGAUAUCUAUGGUUAAGCGUGGCUCAUAAUAUACUUUUCUUCUGUCGCUCCGCACCAUCGUCGUCUCCAUUACGCUGGUGAUAGCAAUGGAAAUUAAGGCCAUUCUGACACGUACUGAAUCUUUGGCAGGCCGUAGCUCCUCGAGCAGCCCACAUGGGAUGUGCAACGGCAUAUCUGCCUCAUGGAUGUUCUGUUGUGUUUGUAACUGGCACCCCUCACGGCCUCUCGAACGAAGGAAGGCGGUGAUGACAAAGACGAUCGACUAUGAUAUCGGCUUCUCCAGCGGCCCUCAGUGCCGCUCUGCCCACGUCGCAACUGAAGUGCGUUGUUCUCACUUUGUGGCGACGUAUUUUCACCCCGCGAGCAUACGGUUAGGGUUGGAAGCUGAUCGGCUGUCUUCGCCUAUGGUACUGCACGUUAUCGCUCUUUGAGACAUGCUGUAACCUUGCUCUGAGCCGUGUCGUAAUAUGAGAGAGUCUACGAUAGCGAUGGUGGUGACCAAUCAUGGAAUACGGCAAUAGAUGCUCGUGGCGACCCUUCCGUCCACUUCUGUCUGCCCACUUGCGUCUUUGGCCGUGCUUGUACGAGUUUGUCGACAAGGCCGUUUUCUUAUCGGGCAGGCGUGCCGCCCGCUUUUUUGGUUUCUGGCCACGGAAGUUGCACAAUGGGAUACUAGGAGAACUUGAAGAUAAGACAGAUGGUAAUGAUGACAAGGGUGUAGCGCGUUCACUUCCUCCUGCUAUCCUGUUUUUUUCAAGCUCCGCUGUAGUGGUGGACCAGUUCGUGCGUGUGUACCGUUCUUCCGCUACAUCUCUCUGCGGGAGCCGUACUGAAGUCAUCGGACGUCGGAAAAGACGGAAACAAGCUUGGUAUGAGGAAUAGUGUCCGUGGUCGCAGCCCUUACCUAUGUGGCGUGCAGAUCAUUGAUUUUCUCCAUAACUGAUGCAGGUGAGGUACUGAAUGGGGAUAGUGCCCGUGGUCGCAGCCCUUACCUAUGUGGCGUGCAGAUCAAUGACUUUCCAUAACUGAUGCUGGUGAGGUACUGAAUGGUAUUAGUGCCCGUGCUC